AUGGCUCCCACCUUGCAGCAGGGAGUUCCGCAGGUCGCUGGGGGCAGGUUUAAUCAGCUGCAAGUGGAGAUCAAGGAGAUGCAGGGGCGGAGAGUUCCCCAGGGGAGCAGCAGCGUCGCCGGGAGGCUGCCCCCUGGUGGUGGGAGCCCCGUCGUCCACGGCUCCUCAUGGGGAACUGAAAGCCCUGAAUCAUCAGCCCCCUCUGCCCCCGGCCUGCGCUCCGAGUCAGCUGGAGUCCGUCACAGCCACGAGCCCAUCAGACGCGGCGUCCUGCCACCCCCAGGCCAGCCCACGGGCCCAUCCAGCCACAGAGCCCAGCCCCACGGCCUAGGAGGACCUGGUUUAUCAGUGAAGCGCAGGACGGGCCGGGAGGGAGACGCGGAGCGAGGGACGGACCCGUGGACGGACGGACGAUCCAGCAUGGGCACCCUGGGGACCCUGUGUCUGCUGCUCUGCCUGGCAGUCUGCAUCUCCGCCCCGCCCGGCGAGGGGUCCCGGGAACCGACCACGCCCGGCUCCGGGAUGGAGGCCCCGUGCGACGGCGACGGCUGCCCCCGGCAUAAGAAAUCGGCCACCCUCGUGCCGUCUUUCACCAAAACCACCCCCACCACCACGACCCACCGCACGACGCCCCCCACCACGACCCACCGCACGAAGCCCCCCACCACGACCCACCCGGCCAAUCACACCACGACCCACCGCACGACGCCCCCCACCACGACCCACCGCACGAAGCCCCCCACCACGACCCACCCGGCCAAUCACACCACGACCCACCGCACGACGCCCCCCACCACGACCCACCGCACGAAGCCCCCCACCACGACCCACCCGGCCAAUCACACGACAACCCAUCCGGCCAAUCACACCACGACCCACCACACGACACCCCCCACCACGACCCACCCGACCAACCACACCACGACCCGCCCGGCCAACCACACCACGGUGCACACGACCCCCCACCUCACCACAGCGGCCCCGCCGGUGCCCCCGGAUGUGGGGGUCGGGAACUACUCGGUGUGGAAUGGGUCGGAGGUCUGCCUCCGGGUGCAGUCGGGUCUCCAGAUCUGGGUCCGAUACGAGAGCAGCUCCAAAGCGCAGCUCUGGGGAAAUUUUACCGUCCAGCCGAACCAGACGAAGGUGUCGGGAAAUUGCUCCGACCAGUCAGCCACCAUGGAGCUCAACUUCCCCCAGGGCUUCCUGCAUUUCACCUUCGUGAAGAAUAAAACCCAAAACACCGUCUACCUGCACGAGGUCCGAGCCCAGCUGCGCCUCCAGUUUCCUGGGACCUCACAGCGGCAGUUCGGGGCGCACAACGCCAGCCUGCGGGAAUUCGAAGCCCGGCUGGGCCACUCGUACCAGUGCCAGAACCGCAGCCUGGCCCUGACCCCGGCCUUCCACCUCGACGCCCUGCACGAGCGGCUCCAGGCCUUCGCCCUGCCCGGGGGCCACUUCGGAGAAGCCGAGCUGUGCCCAGAGGAGCGGCGCAGCUCGCUGGUGCCAGUCAUUGUCGUGGUGGUUCUGCUGAUCCUGAUCCUCAUCAUCGUCAUCGCCUACCUCGUGGGCCGGCGCCGGGCCCAGGGCGGCUACCAGCCCCUCUGAGGGGCCGGGACACUGGGGUGGGGUGGGGAGGGGGGCAGGGGCCCGUCCCCUCUGGGGGGCGCCGGCUCCCACCCGGCUCCAGGGUGGGGUCUGGCUGGCUGGGGGCGGGGAACGGGCUCAGAGAUCCAUGGGUUUUAUUUUACUGAUUAAAAAAGAAUUGGGAUUGUUGGUAAA